AUGGCGCCGCAGCGCCUCGACGAGGCCGACGGCUUCGUCGUCGAGGACGUGACGCCCGAGGACCCCGGGCGCGCCGAGCCCCCGGGCGCGCUCGGCGCGUCCGUGUGCAAGCACGGCGAGAAUUCCUACUACUACGCGCACGGCGCGACGGACCAGAGCGUGAAGGUCGACACGGCGCCCGUGAAGCUCGAGACGUCGGCGCGCCGCGAGGUGCCCAUCACGGAGGUGCGCGAGUUUGGCUUCGCCGAGGAGGACGGCGGCGCGAAGAUCUCCGUCUACGUCCCCGCCAAGGGCGCCGCGGCCAUCGCCGACGACGACGUCACCCUGCUCUGGGACGACACGUCCGUCGUCCUCCGCUUCUGGCAUCAGGGCCACAAACGGCAGCUCGACCUGCCCGGGCGCAAGGGGCCCUUCAUCCGCACGCGCGGGCGCAUGGACUGCAAGGUCAAGAAGUGCAAGCUGAAGAAGAAGCCCGACAAGCUCGUCCUCCUCGUCUACCUCGACCUCCACCCGGAGACGGACAGCGAGGACGACGCGUAA